AUGGAUCUGAGAUUGCUUAAAGGGGUAUCUGUUGGGGCCAAUGAUGAGGUGCAAUUGUCUCAUCUUCAAUUCGCAAACGAUUCCCUUUUGUUCUGUGAAGUUGAGCUAACAGAGGUGCUAAAUUUGAAAAGAAUUCUUAGAUGCUUUGAACUGGCUUCAGGUCUUAAAAUUAAUUACCAUAAAAGUGUGGUUUGUGGGAUUGGGAUCCCCGGAUCUGCCCUUGUUGAGUUUGCUUUCCUCUUGAACUGCAAGACCCAAAAUUUACCAAUCAAGUAUCUAGGUCUACCCUUAGGUGCAAAUCCUAGAAGGAAGAAAACGUGGAAACCAGUAGUUGAAAAGGUAAAACUAAGGCUAGCUGGUUGGAAAAGGAAGCUAUUAUCUUAUGCAGGUAGAUUAACCUUGGUGAAAGCAGUGUUAUCAAGUAUACCUGUGUACUACUUACCAUUAUUCAAGCUACCUGAGGGAAUUGCCAAGGAUUUAGACAAAAUUCAAGCCUCAUUCUUAUGGGGAGGGCCAGAUCUGAAGCGCAAAAUCCAUUUAGUGAAAUGGUCAGAGGUUACUAAGAGUAUAAAGCAAGGUGGUUUGGGAGUUAGAAGAAUCAGAGAUGUGAAUGUGUAA